AUGUCUGGCAUUGCUAUAACACGUUUGGGCGAAGAGCGAAAGGCUUGGCGCAAAGAUCAUCCAUUUGGAUUCGUUGCACGUCCGGCCAAAAAUCCCGACGGCACACUUAACCUGAUGAUCUGGGAGUGCGCGAUCCCCGGCAAAAAGUCCACACCCUGGGAGGGUGGCUUGUACAAGCUGCGCAUGAUCUUUAAGGACGACUACCCAACGUCGCCACCCAAAUGCAAGUUCGAGCCGCCACUCUUCCAUCCCAAUGUGUAUCCGUCGGGCACAGUGUGCUUGUCGCUACUGGACGAGGAGAAGGAUUGGCGUCCGGCCAUCACAAUCAAACAGAUCCUGUUGGGCAUUCAGGACCUGCUUAACGAGCCCAAUAUCAAGGAUCCGGCCCAAGCCGAGGCAUACACCAUUUACUGUCAAAACCGUCUCGAGUAUGAGAAACGUGUUCGAGCCCAGGCUCGUGCUAUGGCAGCCACCGAAUAAAGGAACCAAUAACACAAUACAACACAACAGCAAGAGACAAACAAGAAACAACUGAAAUACCGCUACUCUCUUCAUAUUUGCACACACACAACAACAAAGAACAUAAUAGAACUAAAAGUGAUCAUCAACACAAAACAACAACAACAAACAUUUAGGAUCGAAGCGUUUUCGUGAACGCUUCCUCUUCUGCUAACUACAAAACAUUUUCAUAAUUCCUAAGUUCAAUUAAUUCAAUUGAUUUUAAUGAUGUCAAACAAUAUGAGCAUUCGGAUUUCACCAAUUAUAAAUUAUAUAUAUAAUACAUAUAAAAUUUACCUUAUAAUUAAUAUACAUAUAUAUAUAUAUAGA